AUGUCUGACACGCCUGAUUUGGAGAGCUACUGGCGACACCACGCAGACAUGUUUGCCGAAAAGAGCGGCGACCGCCAGAACGUCAUGCAGUACCACCUCAAGUUUGUGGAGGCGGCGUCUCCAGUGUCGGCUGCGAAGCAGCGAAUGAAUGCCACCCGAGCGAUCUGCCACGUGUGCAGUUGGGUGGUGAAACUGGGGCUGCCUGAACUUUGCCGGUGUUACGGUGACGCGUCACCUAUUGCGCUGCUAACAAAGAUGCUGCACUACCCUUCAGCCCAGCAUAGCGACGUGCGCCUGACUGCUAGCCUGGCUGCUGUGCAGAGCCGUGUUGAAAGCUGGUGUCAGCAAGCAGAGGUGGUCUGCGGUGAGGCCUUCGAGAGCCUGGAGAUGCUGUGGUGUUCGUUACAAUCGUUGCAGGCAAGAAGAGGGGAUGGCAUUCAUGGGAUGGAUUCCAUGGACCUCAGUGAGGAGCGGUUGCAGGCCGAGGAAUUCCAGCGCUGUGUGAACCAGUGGCACAACACGGCGGCAGAUCAGCGCAAGGCCAAGGUCUCUUCUUGGGCAUCGCAACUCCAGGGCUUCAAAAACGAUGCCCCGGAGAGCUUGCGAAGCUUGCGAAGCUUGAUCUUGCAGCUUGCGGCGGCCUUGUCACCUCCACGUGUUGCCGGGUCGGAAUGGCAGUCCCAAAACGGCCAAGAUGAUGUUGAAGCACCCAGCCGAGCGUUCCAAGUUGACCAGAAAGCCAUUAAGAAGACCUUGCUGGAGGCUCUGGCUCUAUGGCGCUCCUUUGACCUGGAAGAUUCUGAGAUCGAACCUGUGCGUAACAGGGUGGAAUACCUCGUGCAGAAGUUCGAGGAAUGCCAUGCGAGCAUAGACUGUGCGGCGUCGUGCAGCCUAUGGAGGCGCCUGAAGGAAGCUUGUGGUGCACAGGCCGACCCAACGUCGUCGAAUGCCAUGAGCAAACGGCACAGGUCAGGCAAGAGGUCAACAGUCAAGGAGACGUACAGUCCAGGAGAGAACCGUGCCAAGCUCAAGACCAUUGUACACAAACCUUCGGAGCCAAAGGUGUUGCGAUGCGAUCGUUGUUCCUAUGAGCUUGUCUCUUGCUGGUACUUCGUGCACCCAACAAAACACAGCACUUCUGUUCUCGUACCCAACAACGGGCACACAUCGUGCAGGGGGGUGAGCAGGGCAGGCGGCAGGCCCAGUGGUGCGUUCUUCAGGCCCAUCGAUGGCUCGCCGUACAAGGCGGAUUGUUCCCAAGGACUUGACUACUGCAUACACAAUCGUGUGCGGGCUAUUUGCGCUCCUUGUGGUGGGGUGAAUGUUUGCCGGCAUCGCAUGCCCAAGUGGCAAUGCUCGAAGUGCAAGCUUACCAUCCGAAAGCGAAUCAAGAAGGUGACCCAAGUCUAG